AUGACGUCUCCACACUCGAAUGUGGCCAUCUUGCGGCUCCAACUGGAAUCUCAACUUGUCGGUGAAGAGGACAUGAUCCCGGUCUGUUCGUACCCACCUCUGGAUGCUGUGUACUCCACCUUCGGAGUGCUUCUCGGUGGUCUUGGCGGUCAAGUUCUGAAAGUGUACUGUGAAAUAAGCCCGCGACACGCCAGCACAGUCAUUCUAAGACAUGGAGCAAAAAAAGAUUUCAAUCUAUCAUGGGACAAAUACGUGAAGGGACAUAUCUAUUCCAAUUACAACUACUGGGCCGGCCUUGACACGAUUCACGCACUCACCAAAGCUGGAUACAACACCCUGACGUUUGAGGUGGUGUAUAACUAUCCCACAUUCACAUCACAGAGUAUAUUAUACAAGGAUUUUCACGUAGGAGACUCUUCAACAGACUACACUCUUACUGUGGGCCAGCCUAACCAAGGGAAAGGGGGCGUUUUCUUUGACGACUAUGGGGCAGUUUUGGGAGACUGUCUCAGUCCCGCCAACGGUGCACGGUUUUCAACAAAGGACGCUGAUCACGACCUUGAACCCGAAAACUGUGCUGCUCUCGCUGGAAGCGGUUGGUGGUUUAAAGACUGCAACUUUGUCUGCAAUCCAUUUGGUCGAUUGCCUGGCUCCGGAAGUGAAACCCUCUCGUUGCCUGGUCUGAACUUUACCCAUUCUGAUUAUGUCGACCGCUUCGCUUCUGUCCAAAUGUACUUUUAUGACUCUGUGUAG